GUGUGCCAUAUAAUGUCGAUACUGCUGGCGACCGCUGUGCAUGGCCAGAUCGUGGGAGCGUUCGGUACCACGGAUUCAGCGUCUUGUACCGACACAACAACCAGCAACAGCAGUGUGGUCAUUACUGCAGACCCGGAGACCGGUUAUCUAGUGUCUGCCGGGACGAUUUCAGCCAUCACUGUCGUUGCCGUCAGUACAGCAGUCUUCGGCGUGAAGGAAUACGCAGGGAGCACGGUGCAAAGUGAUGACACCUCACGAGGAACUCUGCUGAAGGACAUCUGGGAAGUCUGCACCUUCCGGCCGUUCGCUGACCUGGUGGGCUUGGGGAUGUUGUCAGCCUUUGGCAUAGUACUACAGGAAUGGUCCGCCGCGCUGGCUGUCCAAUACGGCUAUGGCCUAGAAGAUCAACUGGAAAACCUCCUGCUUGCAUUUUUGGGAUGCACUGUUGUGUCCAUUCCCAUCUCUGCCCUGCUGAUGACACGGUUCGGGAAAAAGGCGAUCUACGCAGGCUUCACCCUGCUAGGGGCAUCAGCCGCUGUGAGCGCCAUGUACAUUUCAUCGCGUCUGGACGUACUGUUCAUCGUCCUGUGCCUGGUCGGGUUUGGAUUUUCCGCUCCCAUUUUCAUCCCAUGGACUAUGCUGACUGACGUGGCGGAUGACUUUAAGAUCCAGAAGGGGAAAAGGCGGGACAUGCUGUUCCAGACGUUAUUCCAGGCUCUGAACUCAACGGCCAUGCUGCUCGCUUCAGUCACAUCCUUGGUAACUUUGGAGUAAGGAGAUAUUUUCUUAUCCAUGAA